UCCAGGUACUGAUAUCUCGGUAGGAGAGGAGGUGGCCAUCAAGCUAGAAUGUGUGAAGACCAAACACCCGCAGCUCCACAUCGAGAGCAAGAUCUACAAGAUGAUGCAGGGAGGAGUGGGUAUCCCAACGAUAAAGUGGUGUGGGGCGGAGGGCGACUACAACGUGAUGGUGAUGGAGCUGUUAGGACCUAGUCUGGAAGACCUGUUCAACUUCUGCUCCCGCAAGUUCAGCCUCAAGACUGUCCUGCUGCUGGCUGACCAGAUGAUCAGCCGUAUAGAGUACAUCCACUCUAAGAACUUCAUCCACAGAGACGUGAAGCCUGACAACUUCCUGAUGGGCCUGGGCAAGAAGGGCAACCUGGUGUACAUCAUCGACUUUGGCCUGGCCAAGAAGUACCGCGACGCCCGCACACACCAGCACAUCCCCUACCGCGAGAACAAGAACCUGACCGGCACCGCGCGCUACGCAUCCAUCAACACACACCUGGGAAUCGAGCAGUCUCGUCGUGAUGACCUGGAGUCUCUUGGCUAUGUCCUGAUGUACUUCAACCUGGGCAGUCUGCCCUGGCAGGGCCUGAAGGCUGCCACUAAGAGACAGAAGUACGAACGCAUCAGUGAGAAGAAGAUGUCUACCCCCAUCGAGGUCCUCUGUAAAGGAUAUCCAUCGGAGUUUGCCACGUACCUGAACUUCUGCCGUUCUCUGCGGUUCGAUGACAAGCCCGACUACUCGUACCUCAGACAGCUGUUCAGGAACCUGUUCCACAGACAGGGCUUCUCCUACGACUACGUCUUCGACUGGAACAUGCUCAAGUUUGGCGCCAACAGGGCAGCAGAGGAUGCAGAGAGGGAGAGGAGAGCUGGUGAGGACAGACUGAGACAGGGACAGGCCAGGGCCCCUGCAGGGGCCGGGAUCCCCUCCGCCUCCGGACGACCCAGAGGAGCACAGGACGCAGCCGCACCCGCACCCCUCACACCCACCUCACACACAGGUAUGGAGCGAGAGAGGAAGGUCAGCAUGCGUCUUCACCGUGGAGCUCCUGUCAACAUCUCCUCCUCGGACCUGACUGGACGACAGGACUCACGCAUGUCCACCUCACAGGCUCUCUCUCGUGUCACCCCCAGUGGCCUCCAGUCAGCAGCCCCUCGAUGAGUCCCUCUGCCCCCAUCAGCACCACCAUCACCACCCUGGAGGGUUAAACCAUGCACGGCCCUAACCAUACCACACACCAACACACACACCAUACCACACACCAACACACACACCAUACCACACACCAUACCACACACCAACACACACACCAACACACACACCAACACACACACCAUACCACACACCAACACACACACCAUACCACACACCAACACACACACCAACACACACACCAUACCACACACACCAACACACACACCAUACCACACACCAACACACACACCAACACACACACCAUACCACACACCAACACACACACCAACACACACACCAUACCACACACACCAACACACACACCAUACCACACACCAACACACACACCAUACCACACACCAACACACACUUCAAUACCUGGAGGACGCUUACUGAAACAACCAGUCGACCCAUCGGAUGCCUGGACUCUUACACAAUCAACCAAUCAAAAGGCAGGACAAGGACCUCGUCAUCCGCUAGCAACUCCAUCCAUCCAACCAGCCAAUCAAAACACACAGACUGAUGCUCUGCCUCUUUGACAUCAACUGAUCUCUGCUAAGUAACAAGCUCAUGCUGUUGUAACAGGGUGGACGACACACACACUCUCUCACACACACACUCUCUCACACACACACUCUCUCACACACACACUCUCUCACACACACACUCUCUCACACACACACUCUCUCACACACACACACACACACACACACACACACACACACACACACACACACACACACACACACA